CACUGAUGCGAUGGGUCGUAUUUUGGCGUCUAUAACAGUAGCGAUUCGCGAUUGAUUUCAUGGUUCAAUCGGGACAGAAUUAGGCAUGUGCUCAUCAAUAUAAGUAUUGAAAAAUAAAAUAUGAAAGAUGAGAGCUCUACGGCGAAAUUGCGAUCUAUACGGAAUCAAUUUUUCGGGUAUUUAUUGGGAAUGUUUCUGACAUUUUCAUCGUAUGGUGCAAUAUUAAAUUUGCAAUCAAGUAUCAACAUAGAAGACGGUCUAGGCACCAUUUCCAUAUCUGCAUCAUAUAUUGCAUGCGAUCUCUUUCUGGUUUUCUUCACGACUAUCCUCAUAAGAAAAUAUGGAGUAAAGAAAUGUCUAAUAGCUAGUGAAAUCACAUAUAUGAUAUACAUCGUUACUAAUUUAUAUCCAGAAUUCUAUACAUUAAUUCCAGCAGCUAUAUUAGUUGGAGCUGGGGAAGGUACAAUUUGGCCAUGUAUGACUAUUAUCAAUUUCUAUUUCGCCACUAAAUUUGCUACUGAAAGAAAUCACGAAUCGAAAGGAAACGAUUUUUACGUCAAUCUGUAUUCGGGAUAUUUUUUCACUUGCCUACAAUGUUGUCAAAUAUUUGGGAACUUAGUUGCUUACGCCGUUUUGUACGCUUUCAAUGACCCUCUUCCAAGCGAUACAUAUGAAAACGGACACAAUUUCACAACUGUGCUUAUGGAAACGACGAUAUCUGAUUUCAACAACCUCGAGUAUUGUGGAUCUCAUGAUUGUCAAGAUAUUACACUUGUCGACGGAUCUUUGAACCAAUAUGUUCCAACAAAUGAUAAAACUUUAAUCAUUCUUAUAAGCAUUCUAACUUUCAUGUGUCUUAUGUCUAUAUUUAGUCAUUAUUACUUUGUACCGAAUGAUGUUACAAUUUCUUUCGUGAGCGAGACUUACGAUGCAGAAUUAUCAAAGACGAUAAAUCCUCAAGUGAACCAAGGAUUUGAAAUUGAAAACCAUAAUAAUCAUGAAGAUGUCAAUCAAUCUGACUCGAGAAAUACUGAAAUUCAACAAAACGUUUGCGACAUGACCGUUCAACUUGAAAAUGAUUCAGAAAUCACAAUCAAAGAAACAAUCAAAAAGAGCAGUACGGUGAAAAUUUCAAUGAACCAAGAUUCCUCAUCUGCUGUUUACGAAACUGAUUCACGAUCCGAUGGUGCAUAUAUUGAAGCUUUGAAAGACCUAGGAAAACAAAUGCUGAAAACUUCACAACUUCUUCUGAUUCCAAUUACUUUUUACCUUGGAUUAACGCAAGGAUUUAUCUUUUCUGAGUUAACUAGAGCCUUUUCUUCUUGCGUUGUAGGAGUUGAGAUGGUUGGGAUACAUAUGGCGACCUUUGGAUUUUCUGAUGCAGUUUUAUCUUACAUUGUUGGGAAAUAUGGUCAAAAACUUGGUCGAACUCCGUUUUUUAUACUUUCAAUGGUUGUUGAUCUUUGCAGCUAUUCAUAUUGUCUGCUGUGGGACCCAAAUCUCGAAUCGGCAUGGUCAAUAUUCUUAAUCUAUUUUGCGUUUGGAGUAUCAGAUGGAAUAUGGCAAACUUUGUUAAACGUCCUGUACAUUGAAUAUUUCGAAGGCAGUCAUGAUGUUGCAAUCACCACUUGGGCGUUUUGGAUUACAGCCGGAUUUGCAACUCAAUUCGGUUGGAGUACCAGUCUGUGUGUGUACAUUAAAAUAUAUGUCCAAAUUGGAAUGCUGAUAUUGGGCAUGUUCGGAUACGACGUGGCUGCUUAUUUACAACGGAAGAAAAGAAUGACAGAUUCUUUCGAAUUCGAAGAAACUCGUCUAUAAUGCUUCAAUUUAAAUAGUUUUGUUAAAUAAACCAAAAUUCUGUUGCAGCGCGAUGUGAAUUAC